AUGGAUCAAACCGACAGCAACAAGCGGCUGAAGACGUCGAGCGGAACGCCAAUCAGCACUGCUGCACCGGCAUCUGGCGCAGCAGGACUGCCAGCAUAUCAUCCGCCGGCGGCGGCUCGAACUAUUGGAGGACGAGACAGCGGUAGCAGCGGCUCUUCGUCCUCAGCAUCCGUCGCAGCACGCCCCGCCAACGGCAAGACCACAUCCCUCCGUCUCACGGUCAAGGCACCGCCCAGCAAACUCAGGCAGGCCACUUCGGGCUCGAACAUCCCGCCCAAUCCAUAUGCAGAUACGCCGAGCGAAAGUGACACCACCCCAGCCCCGCCACGACGCGCGGCACGAGCGACCCGCAAUCCGCGAACUGUCGUCGACCCCGAUAGUGACGAUCUCGACGACGAUCAGGACGCCGAGGGGGAAAUCGAAGGGGGCGAUGGCGACCAGGAGCUUCUCGCGCAAGAAGACAGCGAAGAUGACGCGGAAGAAGAGGACGACGAUGUGGACAUGGACGAUCACCCUCCCCCGCCUGUCAUCACGCAAAAGACCGCGUCUGGUAAAGCGAAACCGACUGUCACUGUGACAGCACCCUCCCAAGGCGCGCUAAAAUCUGUCGAAGCCAAGGAAACGGAAGAUGACGAUGACGAAGAGUUGUCUGAGCUAGAGUCUCAGGAAGAGGAUGAGCUCGGGGGCAACGGCGACGACGAGGAAGACGAGCUGGAUGAUGAUAGCGAUGAGGAUGACGAUAACUCACGAAGCGCGACCCCUGAUUUGUCAAAGCUCACAAAGCGCCAACGCGGAGUCAUGGUCGAGUUUGAAGGCGCAGAAACGGGUGAUUUGCUGGCAUUGUCUAAUGAAGCACUCAAGAAAAAGCACUUCACGGAAGAGGAGCAUGUCCAGCGCAGAGCAGAGAUGGCUCGACGCAGGAAGAAUCUGUCCGACAAGCGCAACGAGGAGGAAAAGAUGGAAACCAUCAACAAACUGCUCCAUAAACAAGCUCCAAAACGCCGGACUCGCGCUGAGAUUGACGCUGCUCGUGCAGCCGAGGCCGGCGAAACUCCUCUUGCUGACCGCGACUCCAAUGCUCUGAAUCCAACUAUGGUGCGCUGGGUCAACAAAAAGGAAGGCAGUCAUGUUGUCGUACCGGAACUCUGGCAGAAUUCGCCUGUUGGAGCAUACUUUGGUCUGAGCAGCAAGGGAAACGGAAGUUUGAUUGAGGAAGUUGCUGACUCCUAGGUGGGGACUUUCGGCGAGGCUGGCGAAGUAUUUAAUACGGACACCGGUCUGCCGCGUCAUCAUUUGGAGCAUCAUCAUCUGGAGCAAAAUGGGCCUGGUGUCAAUCUGACGGCCGAUCGCACACAGAACAAUUGGUCUGAAGAGAAUCCCUGGGAACCAUACAACCCCGAGCGUUAUAUUUUACAGGCUGCCGCUGCUCAGGAACGAGCCCAACAGGCCGGACAGAGUCAUAGGCCCAAUGGUGGGGCGAAGCUGGAGGCAGGACCCGCAAAUGUUUUCUCUGAUGGGGAUUUGCGGUUGUGGAUGAAGCCGAAGAGACCUAAAGGAUCCAAGCGGAAGAGAUAUCCAUUUGCUGAUUGUCAAACACGUCUGGGCAAGCAACGUGACAAGGAUGAUGAAGAUGAUGCGACACGAAAGCGGAGUCGUAUGCUGAAAGACCUUGAGGCUGUUUCUGUUCAGUACAGCUCAUUCACAAUUAAGCAUAGGAGGAGCAAGACUAGGUCCGGGAAAGUAUAAGUCAAGAAACAAGAGCCGAAGAGGCGAAAAGGUAGGGAGUAAGGAUCGGUACCGUAGCUAGAUGAAG